AUGGCCGACCAAGAUGAUUCUGAAAAGUACGGCCUUUUCUUCCUUAACGAAGACCAAUUUAACCGGCUGGACGAAACAGAAAUACUAUACCCAGUAGACAUCGUCGCCAUACACGGCAUAAACGGCAGUGCCUACGAAUCUUGGAGACAUAUGAAUGGUACAUUAUGGUUACAGGAUUUAUUGCCUGAAGAUUUACCAGGAUGCCGGGUUUUCACCUACGGCUAUUCAUCAGCAACAGCAUUCGGUUCUUCGGCUGAAGGAUUGGACAAUACCGCCUUCGCAAUUUUGCUAGAGCUGAAUUUUCAACGACCGAGUAUUAAAGUAUUGAACUAG